CUACACUGAGCACAAGGAAUCUCUGUGGGACCCAGGAACAGGUAGUCACCCCUUUGGGGCCCACAACACCCGGCUGUCCCCAGACUUGUGGCCAGGGAAGAUAGUAUUGAGGGCCCUCAAGGAGAGCGGGACAGGGAUGGCUGAGCAGGACAAGGACCCUAGAGUCCAAGAGAAUCCUGAUGAUCAGAGAAGGGUCCCCGAGGUCACCAGGGAUGCACGGUCUGCAUUUCGGCCCCUGUCGGACAACGGAGGCCUCUCUCCCUUUGUGCCCAGGCCCGGGCCUCUGCAGAGAGACCGCCAUGCCCAGAGGUCAGAAUUCAGAUAUAACCAGAGAUCCCAGACCUCCUGGACGAGCUCGUGCCCCGAACUAAAUUCCAUCUCGAGCUCCUACAGCUCUACAGGAGGCCUCCUGGGGCUAAAGCGGAGGUGGGGGCCAGCCUCAUCCCACUGCCAGCUGACCCGCAGUUCCUCAAAGACAGUGAGUGAGGACGGACCUCAGGCUGUCUCUUCUGGUCACACCCAGUGUGAAAAGACGGCAGAUAUAGCACCAGGGCAGACACUGGCCCUCAGGAAUGGCUCCCCCAGAUCCCAGGCCUCUAGGCCCCGUAAACGCAAGCUUCCCCUGCCGUCACGCAGGCAAGGGGAUCCUCUGAUGCUGCCACCUCCCUUAGUGCUGGGGUUCCAGGUCACUGCUGAAGACCUGGACCUGGAGAAGGAGGCGGCAUUCCAGCGCAUCAACAGUGAACUGCGGGCUGAGGCCAAAGCCAUCUCGGACUGUAGACCCUCACGGCCUUCCCACGCUUUGUCCUCACUUGCAACAGGGACUUCUGGUGUGCCUACCAUCUCUAAAGCACCCAGUAUGGAUGCACAGCAGGAGAGACACAAGUCCCAAGACUGCCUGGGCCCAGUGGCCCCCCUAGCUUCUGCUGCAGAGGUCCCCUCUACAGCUCCUGUGUCUGGGAAGAAGCACAGACCACCAGGCCCCCUGUUCUCCUCCUCAGAUCCCCUUCCUGCCACCUCUUCCCACUCCCGGGACUCAGCCCAGGUCACCUCGCUGAUUCCUGCCCCCUUCCCAGCUGCAAGCAUGGAUGCGGACAUCAGAAGAACAACGCCUGGCACUUCUGCUCCUGCAGCUGCCGCAGAAGCCCCUCCCCCCUCCACAUUGAACCCCACGUCGGGGUCACUACUGAAUGGAGUGGAUGGAGGCCCUUCACAUUUCUGGGCCACAGUCACAGCUGAAGCAGGUGCCCAGAGGUCAGAAGUCAGAUAUAACAAGAGAUCCCAGACCUCCUGGACGAGCUCGUGCCCCAAACAAAUUGCCACCUCGAGCUCCUACAGCUCUACGGGAGGCCUCCCUGGGCUAAAGCGGAGGUGGGGGCCAGCCUCAUCCCACUGCCAGCUGACCUGCAGUUCCUCAAAGACAGUGAGUGAGGACGGACCUCAGGCUGUCUCUUCGGGUCACACCCAGUGUGAAAAGACGGCAGAUAUAGCACCAGGGCAGACACUGGCCCUCAGGAAUGGCUCCCCCAGAUCCCAGGCCUCUAGGCCCCGUAAACGCAAGCUUCCCCUGCCGUCACGCAGGCAAGGGGAUCCUCUGAUGCUGCCACCUCCCUUAGUGCUGGGGUUCCAGGUCACUGCUGAAGACCUGGACCUGGAGAAGGAGGCGGCAUUCCAGCGCAUCAACAGUGAACUGCGGGCUGAGGCCAAAGCCAUCUCGGACUGUAGACCCUCACGGCCUUCCCACGCUUUGUCCUCACUUGCAACAGGGACUUCUGGUGUGCCUACCAUCUCUAAAGCACCCAGUAUGGAUGCACAGCAGGAGAGACACAAGUCCCAAGACUGCCUGGGCCCAGUGGCCCCCCUAGCUUCUGCUGCAGAGGUCCCCUCUACAGCUCCUGUGUCUGGGAAGAAGCACAGACCACCAGGCCCCCUGUUCUCCUCCUCAGAUCCCCUUCCUGCCACCUCUUCCCACUCCCGGGACUCAGCCCAGGUCACCUCGCUGAUUCCUGCCCCCUUCCCAGCUGCAAGCAUGGAUGCGGACAUCAGAAGAACAACGCCUGGCACUUCUGCUCCUGCAGCUGCCGCAGAAGCCCCUCCCCCCUCCACAUUGAACCCCACGUCGGGGUCACUACUGAAUGGAGUGGAUGGAGGCCCUUCACAUUUCUGGGCCACAGUCACAGCUGAAGCAGGUGCCCAGAGGUCAGAAGUCAGAUAUAACAAGAGAUCCCAGACCUCCUGGACGAGCUCGUGCCCCAAACAAAUUGCCACCUCGAGCUCCUACAGCUCUACGGGAGGCCUCCCUGGGCUAAAGCGGAGGUGGGGGCCAGCCUCAUCCCACUGCCAGCUGACCUGCAGUUCCUCAAAGACAGUGAGUGAGGACGGACCUCAGGCUGUCUCUUCGGGUCACACCCAGUGUGAAAAGACGGCAGAUAUAGCACCAGGGCAGACACUGGCCCUCAGGAAUGGCUCCCCCAGAUCCCAGGCCUCUAGGCCCCGUAAACGCAAGCUUCCCCUGCCGUCACGCAGGCAAGGGGAUCCUCUGAUGCUGCCACCUCCCUUAGAGCUGGGGUUCCGGGUCACUGCCGAAGACCUGGACCUGGAGAAGGAGGCGGCAUUCCAGCGCAUCAACAGUGAACUGCGGGCUGAGACCAGGGCCAUCUUGGACUGUAGACCCUCACGGCCUUCCCACACUUUGUCCUCACUUGCAACAGGGGCUUCUGGUCUGCCUGCCAUCUCUAAAGCACCCAGUAUGGAUGCACAGCAGGAGAGACACAAGUCCCAAGACUGCCUGGGCCCAGUGGCCCCCCUAGCUUCUGCUGCAGAGGUCCUCUCUACAGCUCCUGUGUCUGGGAAGAAGCACAGACCACCAGGCCCCCUUUUCUCCUCCUCAGAUACCUGUCCUGCCACCUCUUCCCACUCCCGGGACUCAGCCCAGGUGACCUCGCUGAUUCCUGCCCCCUUCCCAGCUGCAAGCAUGGAUGCGGGCAUCAGAAGAACAAGGCCUGGCACUUCUGCUCCUGCAGCUGCCACAGCAGCCCCUCCCCCCUCCACAUUGAACCCCACGUCGGGGUCACUACUGAAUGGAGUGGAUGGAGGCCCUUCACAUUUCUGGGCCUCAGCCGCAGCUGAAGCAGGUGCCCAGAGGUCAGAAGUCAGAUAUAACAAGAGAUCCCAGACCUCCUGGACGAGCUCGUGCACCACACGAAAUGCCAUCUCGAGUUCCUACAGCUCUACGGGAGGUCUCCCGGGGCUAAAGCAGAAGAGGGGGCCAGCUUCAUCCCACUGCCAGCUAACCCUCAGUUCCUCAAAGACAGUGAGUGAGGACGGACCUCAGGCUGUCUCUUCGGGUCACACCCGGUGUGAAAAGGCGGCAGAUAUAGCACCAGGGCAGACACUCGCCCCCAGGAAUGGCUCCCCCAGAUCCCAGGCCUCUAGGCCCCGUAGACGCAAUGAACUGCGGGCUGAGGCCAAAGCCAUCUCGGACUGUAGACCCUCACGGCCUUCCCACGCUUUGUCCUCACUUGCAACAGGGACUUCUGGUGUGCCUACCAUCUCUAAAGCACCCAGUAUGGAUGCACAGCAGGAGAGACACAAGUCCCAAGACUGCCUGGGCCCAGUGGCCCCCCUAGCUUCUGCUGCAGAGGUCCCCUCUACAGCUCCUGUGUCUGGGAAGAAGCACAGACCACCAGGCCCCCUGUUCUCCUCCUCAGAUCCCCUUCCUGCCACCUCUUCCCACUCCCGGGACUCAGCCCAGGUCACCUCGCUGAUUCCUGCCCCCUUCCCAGCUGCAAGCAUGGAUGCGGACAUCAGAAGAACAACGCCUGGCACUUCUGCUCCUGCAGCUGCCGCAGAAGCCCCUCCCCCCUCCACAUUGAACCCCACGUCGGGGUCACUACUGAAUGGAGUGGAUGGAGGCCCUUCACAUUUCUGGGCCACAGUCACAGCUGAAGCAGGUGCCCAGAGGUCAGAAGUCAGAUAUAACAAGAGAUCCCAGACCUCCUGGACGAGCUCGUGCCCCAAACAAAUUGCCACCUCGAGCUCCUACAGCUCUACGGGAGGCCUCCCUGGGCUAAAGCGGAGGUGGGGGCCAGCCUCAUCCCACUGCCAGCUGACCUGCAGUUCCUCAAAGACAGUGAGUGAGGACGGACCUCAGGCUGUCUCUUCGGGUCACACCCAGUGUGAAAAGACGGCAGAUAUAGCACCAGGGCAGACACUGGCCCUCAGGAAUGGCUCCCCCAGAUCCCAGGCCUCUAGGCCCCGUAAACGCAAGCUUCCCCUGCCGUCACGCAGGCAAGGGGAUCCUCUGAUGCUGCCACCUCCCUUAGUGCUGGGGUUCCAGGUCACUGCUGAAGACCUGGACCUGGAGAAGGAGGCGGCAUUCCAGCGCAUCAACAGUGAACUGCGGGCUGAGGCCAAAGCCAUCUCGGACUGUAGACCCUCACGGCCUUCCCACGCUUUGUCCUCACUUGCAACAGGGACUUCUGGUGUGCCUACCAUCUCUAAAGCACCCAGUAUGGAUGCACAGCAGGAGAGACACAAGUCCCAAGACUGCCUGGGCCCAGUGGCCCCCCUAGCUUCUGCUGCAGAGGUCCCCUCUACAGCUCCUGUGUCUGGGAAGAAGCACAGACCACCAGGCCCCCUGUUCUCCUCCUCAGAUCCCCUUCCUGCCACCUCUUCCCACUCCCGGGACUCAGCCCAGGUCACCUCGCUGAUUCCUGCCCCCUUCCCAGCUGCAAGCAUGGAUGCGGACAUCAGAAGAACAACGCCUGGCACUUCUGCUCCUGCAGCUGCCGCAGAAGCCCCUCCCCCCUCCACAUUGAACCCCACGUCGGGGUCACUACUGAAUGGAGUGGAUGGAGGCCCUUCACAUUUCUGGGCCACAGUCACAGCUGAAGCAGGUGCCCAGAGGUCAGAAGUCAGAUAUAACAAGAGAUCCCAGACCUCCUGGACGAGCUCGUGCCCCAAACAAAUUGCCACCUCGAGCUCCUACAGCUCUACGGGAGGCCUCCCUGGGCUAAAGCGGAGGUGGGGGCCAGCCUCAUCCCACUGCCAGCUGACCUGCAGUUCCUCAAAGACAGUGAGUGAGGACGGACCUCAGGCUGUCUCUUCGGGUCACACCCAGUGUGAAAAGACGGCAGAUAUAGCACCAGGGCAGACACUGGCCCUCAGGAAUGGCUCCCCCAGAUCCCAGGCCUCUAGGCCCCGUAAACGCAAGCUUCCCCUGCCGUCACGCAGGCAAGGGGAUCCUCUGAUGCUGCCACCUCCCUUAGUGCUGGGGUUCCAGGUCACUGCUGAAGACCUGGACCUGGAGAAGGAGGCGGCAUUCCAGCGCAUCAACAGUGAACUGCGGGCUGAGGCCAAAGCCAUCUCGGACUGUAGACCCUCACGGCCUUCCCACGCUUUGUCCUCACUUGCAACAGGGACUUCUGGUGUGCCUACCAUCUCUAAAGCACCCAGUAUGGAUGCACAGCAGGAGAGACACAAGUCCCAAGACUGCCUGGGCCCAGUGGCCCCCCUAGCUUCUGCUGCAGAGGUCCCCUCUACAGCUCCUGUGUCUGGGAAGAAGCACAGACCACCAGGCCCCCUGUUCUCCUCCUCAGAUCCCCUUCCUGCCACCUCUUCCCACUCCCGGGACUCAGCCCAGGUCACCUCGCUGAUUCCUGCCCCCUUCCCAGCUGCAAGCAUGGAUGCGGACAUCAGAAGAACAACGCCUGGCACUUCUGCUCCUGCAGCUGCCGCAGAAGCCCCUCCCCCCUCCACAUUGAACCCCACGUCGGGGUCACUACUGAAUGGAGUGGAUGGAGGCCCUUCACAUUUCUGGGCCACAGUCACAGCUGAAGCAGGUGCCCAGAGGUCAGAAGUCAGAUAUAACAAGAGAUCCCAGACCUCCUGGACGAGCUCGUGCCCCAAACAAAUUGCCACCUCGAGCUCCUACAGCUCUACGGGAGGCCUCCCUGGGCUAAAGCGGAGGUGGGGGCCAGCCUCAUCCCACUGCCAGCUGACCUGCAGUUCCUCAAAGACAGUGAGUGAGGACGGACCUCAGGCUGUCUCUUCGGGUCACACCCAGUGUGAAAAGACGGCAGAUAUAGCACCAGGGCAGACACUGGCCCUCAGGAAUGGCUCCCCCAGAUCCCAGGCCUCUAGGCCCCGUAAACGCAAGCUUCCCCUGCCGUCACGCAGGCAAGGGGAUCCUCUGAUGCUGCCACCUCCCUUAGAGCUGGGGUUCCGGGUCACUGCCGAAGACCUGGACCUGGAGAAGGAGGCGGCAUUCCAGCGCAUCAACAGUGAACUGCGGGCUGAGACCAGGGCCAUCUUGGACUGUAGACCCUCACGGCCUUCCCACACUUUGUCCUCACUUGCAACAGGGGCUUCUGGUCUGCCUGCCAUCUCUAAAGCACCCAGUAUGGAUGCACAGCAGGAGAGACACAAGUCCCAAGACUGCCUGGGCCCAGUGGCCCCCCUAGCUUCUGCUGCAGAGGUCCUCUCUACAGCUCCUGUGUCUGGGAAGAAGCACAGACCACCAGGCCCCCUUUUCUCCUCCUCAGAUACCUGUCCUGCCACCUCUUCCCACUCCCGGGACUCAGCCCAGGUGACCUCGCUGAUUCCUGCCCCCUUCCCAGCUGCAAGCAUGGAUGCGGGCAUCAGAAGAACAAGGCCUGGCACUUCUGCUCCUGCAGCUGCCACAGCAGCCCCUCCCCCCUCCACAUUGAACCCCACGUCGGGGUCACUACUGAAUGGAGUGGAUGGAGGCCCUUCACAUUUCUGGGCCUCAGCCGCAGCUGAAGCAGGUGCCCAGAGGUCAGAAGUCAGAUAUAACAAGAGAUCCCAGACCUCCUGGACGAGCUCGUGCACCACACGAAAUGCCAUCUCGAGUUCCUACAGCUCUACGGGAGGUCUCCCGGGGCUAAAGCAGAAGAGGGGGCCAGCUUCAUCCCACUGCCAGCUAACCCUCAGUUCCUCAAAGACAGUGAGUGAGGACGGACCUCAGGCUGUCUCUUCGGGUCACACCCGGUGUGAAAAGGCGGCAGAUAUAGCACCAGGGCAGACACUCGCCCCCAGGAAUGGCUCCCCCAGAUCCCAGGCCUCUAGGCCCCGUAGACGCAAGUUUCCCCUGCUGCCACGCAGGCGAGGGGAGCCUUUGAUGCUGCCACCUCCCUUAGAGCUGGGGUUCCGGGUCACUGCUGAAGACCUGGACCUGGAGAAGGAGGCGGCAUUCCAGCGCAUCAACAGUGAACUGCAGGCUGAGGCCAAGGCCAUCUCGGACUGCACACAGCCCUGCCAUUUUCAGCCACUUCCACGGUCCUGUGUGUUCUGGAUAUUUUAAAAUAUUGGCUAUAAGCUUGAGCACAUCAGGAUAUGCUGUUUUGCUGUAUGCAGAUGGAGGCAGUGGCCGGAAUGAAUGAACGGCAACAAUUGCUGGCAACCGGCAGAAGCUGAGAGACAGGGAACGGGCUCUUCUCCAGAGCCUCCAGGAGCCAGGCCUUUGAAUACCUCGAAUGUGGGCUUCUGGGAGACCAUGUGUUUCUGUUAUAAGCAGCCCAGUCUCUGGCAGUUUUUACGGCUGCCCCUGGAUGCUCAUCUACACCUGUCUGACAAGGUCAAGCUCCAAGGAAGGGAUUCUCUGCAUAUCUACAUUGUUUGCAGAUUUUACGAUAAUCAUUUAUUCUUGCGUGGCUGAUCAUUGUUAGCCAAUAUAAAUAAAAUAAUAAAGAAAUGACCCACAUUUU